AUGGCGGAGGAUACCACUGCGAAGGAAUGUAAGGUGAAAUUGAAGAGCUCGGAUGACAAUAUUUUUGAGGUCGAGUAUACCAUAGCCAUGCAGUCACAGUUGUUAAAGAAAGCUCUGAGGUUUUUCGUCAAUCCCUGUUUCAAUCCUUUCUGUGACAUUGCCUUCGAGACAGGCAUGGAGGAGGAUCCCACUGCAGCCAUGGUGAAGGAAUGUAAGGUGAAAUUGAAGAGUUCGGAUGACAAUAUUUUUGAGGUCGAGCAUGCCGUAGCCAUGCAGUCACAGUUGUUAAAGAACGCUCUGGCUGACAGCGGCACGGACAGCACCCUGCCUUUGCACAACAUUUCCAGCGAAAUUCUGGCGAAGGUGAUCGAGUACUGCGAAUAUCAUGUUAAUGCCGCCAACACCAUCUCGGUGCGGGAUGUGAAGAUGUGGGAACAGGAGUUCGUGAGGGACCUUGAUCAAGCAACUCUUUGUCAUCUCAUCUUGGGCGCCCAGUACAUGGAGAUACGCAAUCUUCUAUACUUAAUAUGCCAAACUGUAGCAGAGAGGAUUAAGGGUAAAAGCUCAGAAGAGGUCAGAGAGAUAUUUAACAUACAAAACGACUUGACUCCUGAAGAGGAGGAAGAAAUCAGGCGUGAAAAUGAGUGGGCCUUUGAGGAGGAAGUUCAGGAAGAAGUCGAGCGCGAAGGUUGA